AUGAGUACUGCCAUAGCUUUACAACAGCAAUUGGAAGAUCCUACCUCGGGCCAUGUAAAUACUCUCACUAAAGAACAGGCCUCUUUAUUACGUGAAUUUUGGGCUGUUACGUUUAUCAUGCAGGAGGUUACUCCCAUAGAUACCUCUGAUAUAAACCAAAUUACUGCUAAGGACUUGCCAAAUAUUAAGGCUAAUGGUCGUCUUGGCAGAAAGAAUAAGGGUCAAAAUGUUAAUGUUAUUGAAACUUUUACUAAAUAUAGUAAGAUGGCGCGCAAAAUGAGGGAGGAUAAAGGAGCGAGUAAUGCUUCUCGUACAACUAGUAAUGGUUCAAGCAGUGCAAGUGAUAAAUAUAACGAAUCAUCAGAGUUUUUAUCUGCUCUUGUGUUAUACACGCCUGAAGAGUUACAUCGUGCUGCAUGGAAAAUAAUUGCAGCGGAUGAUCCAGAUGUAAUACUUCUUCGCUUCCUUCGGGCAAGGAAAUGGGACGUUGAAAAAGCUAUGGUAAUGUACAUGGCUACAUUAAAAUGGAUGCUACAGGCUAAAGUCCGAGACAUCGUCGAAGGUGGUGAACAAGGAUUGGAAAAAUAUUUUACAGGUAAAGAUCUUGAAGGAUUGAAAUAUCAAUUUACAAGUGGCAAAAGUUUUAAUCGAGGAACUGAUAAAGACGGGAGGCCUGUAUGUUAUGUGAAUGUUCGAUAUCAUAAGAAAGACGAUCAGACUUUUGAAGUUCUUCAGAAAUACACUAUUUACAUCAUGGAAACAACUCGUUUGAUGAUGGAAGCUCCAGUGGAAACUGGCGAAAAAGAGAUCUUACAAUUAGUCCCACCUAAACAUUUAAUUACCGAUUUGGGUGGUGAGGAUAAGUGGGAAUAUAAAUAUUUACCUCCAAGUGAAAACGAGAAUUAUAGGAUGAAGGAUGAAGUGACAAAAAAGCAGAAGCUAGAAAAGAGACAUUCUUUGGAGGAUGAAUUUGAAAAACUUACUAAACGAUGGCUAGAAGAACCAGACAAUGAACAGAUAAAAAAUGAAAGAAAUCAAGUGAAAAUUCAACUGCGACAAGCUCAACUGGAGUUAGAUCCACAUAUUAGAGCCAGAACUUAUUAUGAUCGUAUUGGAGUGCUUCGUGAAGAUGGAACAU